GAGCCUCCAGUUGCGGAGACGGGGAAGGGACAUCACUUAUGAUCACAGCCAGAAGAAGAGAGGGCGAGUGCAGAAAAGGGUGUCCCAUCCAUGAACUGACGCAGUAACGGAAUCCAGGCUGCAAACUUAUGGCUGCAUCCAAAUAAUAUUUCCCCCCGUUUUUGGAUUUUGGUUGCGAAUUCUUUCAUCAUCUGAAGUUGUCUCCUUACUUUAAGUAUACGUUAUCACCGCCGGGGACAUUAUCGGUGGUCAUGGAUACCCAUAUAAGAUGGAAAAUAAAACGGUGGAAAGACCUAUAUGUAAUUUUAUUAAUAGCCAUUCUUUCUGUAACUUUGCAAGUCAGCUCAGCGGAACCGGCAGAUCUCUUGAAGAUAUUAGACUUUCACAGUUUACCAGAAGGCGUAACAAAAGUGACAGGUUUCUGCACGCACAGGAAGUCCUCCAAAGGACCAGAUGUGGCUUAUAGAGUAUCCAAAGAGGCUCAGCUUAGUGCACCCACCAAGCAGCUUUACCCUGCGGCUGCAUUUCCUGAAGACUUUUCAAUCUUGAUGACGGUGAAGCCAAAGAAGAACAGCCAGGCAUUCCUCCUGUCCGUCUACAAUUCGCAGGGCAUCCAGCAGCUUGGAAUGGAGGUGGGCCGCUCGCCCGUCUUCCUGUAUGAAGACCACAUGGGCAAACCUGGGCCAGAGGACUACCCCCUAUUCCAAGGAGUCAACCUGGCCGACGGAAAGUGGCACCGAGUGGCGAUUAGUGUACACAGGCAAACCAUCACUAUGGUUUUGGACUGUAAGAAGAAGAUAACCAAGACCCUGAGCAGAAGUCCUCACCCGAUCAUCGACACCAAAGGCAUUGUCGUUUUUGGAACCAGGAUACUCGAUGAAGAAGUGUUUGAGGGAGAUAUCCAGCAGUUGAUGAUCGCUGCUGACCACCGGGUGGCCUAUGACUAUUGUGAGCACUACAGCCCUGACUGCGAGGUGCCGGUUCCUGAAUCCACCCAGAACCAGGACCCGGAUCCAUAUGACUAUCCUCUUGGGGAAGACAACUAUGACUAUGGGUACUCUUACUAUGACACCGAUCAAGACCAGGUGAUGUCUACGGCGAGGACGGAGACGGUGGAGGACAUCACCACGAAAGUCUAUCCCACAGACAGUUACGACGGGGCUGCAUAUAAUUAUGAGACCUAUGAGGAAACUGAUUUGGUCCCUGGAUCCCAUGCACAUGUGGUCAGUGGCGGGCCGGGCACCGAGACACGGACAGACGUCGACCUGGGGCUGGGAUUCAGAAGAGAGGUCGAUCUGAGUCCUGUGCCAAGCCUGGACAAAAUUGAAACAGUUGUCACACAUAACAUGACCGAGGUUGUAAAUUAUGAGGACCAUGACACUGAGGAAUAUGGCACUCUGGAUUACGGAUAUCAGUACGGCUCAGAGGAAUACACUGAUGGGCACACCGGUAUGGAUCACAGCUCCACAGGCACUGGGAGCAGCUCAUCCAGCUCCGCGGGGGGGUCGGCUGGUACAGCGGGUGGAUCCACGGUCGUGUCCAGCGGGUCCACGGUUGUGUCCAGCGGGUCCACGGUCGUGUCCAGCGGGUCCACGGUCGUUUCUAGCGGAUCUGCAAGUGGUGUGGGUGUAUCGACUGGAGCAGGAUCAGGAGCUGGAACAGGAGCAGGAGCUGGAGCAGGAGGAUCCCAAAUAGGUGGCGGGGCAGCUGGUGCAGCGGGCGGAGCAGCUGGAACUGGAGGCAGCUCUGCUGGUGCAGCGGGCGGAGCAGCUGGAACGGGAGGCAGCUCUGCUGGUGCAGCGGGCGGAGCAGCUGGAACUGGAGGCAGCUCUGCUGGUGCAGCGGGCGGCGCAGCUGGAACUGGAGGCAGCUCUGCUGGUGCAGCGGGCGGCGCAGCUGGAACUGGAGGCAGCUCUGCUGGUGCAGCGGGUGGUCAGGGUGGCACUGAAGAGACAGAGUACACGUACAACGUAGAUAAUUUCAAGGAGGAGGACUACAGCUAUUACGGGCAUUACACGGAUGCUGACACUGACACGGAGAAGCAGCUGCCUGCAGAAAAGGAUGAGUUCUAUGAAGUGGUCGACGGCGCCAGGGGCGAGAAGGGGCAGAAAGGAGAGCCAGCCAUCAUUGAGCCCGGAAUGCUGCUCGAAGGCCCAGCUGGUCCCGAAGGCCCCACUGGUUUGCCUGGCCACCCAGGACUACCUGGCCCCCCUGGCCCUGCCGGAGACUCCGGAGAGAGGGGCCCCCUCGGCCGCCCAGGGAUUCCUGGAGCUGAUGGCCUGCCAGGACCCCCAGGGACUGUCCUGAUGCUGCCUUUCCGCUUCAGCGCUGGCGGGGACGCUGGUCAGAAGGGACCUGCCAUGUCAGCACAGGAAUCUCAGAUGCAAGCCAUUAUGCAGCAGGCCAGGCUGGCUAUGCGGGGUCCUACCGGCCCAAUGGGUCUGACUGGAAGACCAGGACCUCUGGGUCCCCCCGGCGUUAACGGUCAUAAAGGAGACCCUGGUGAUUCCGGCCCGCAGGGACAUCGUGGCCCACAUGGGUCUAUGGGCCCCACAGGGAAGCCAGGCCGGCGGGGACGUUCUGGAGCGGAUGGAGCCAGGGGCAUGCCCGGACAAACAGGACCAAAGGGUGAGAGAGGCUUUGACGGAUUGGCUGGACUUCCUGGGGAAAAGGGACACAGAGGUGAUUCAGGACCAUCGGGGCCUCCUGGUCCAUCAGGAGAAGACGGUGAGAGGGGCGACGAUGGAGAGAUCGGACUCAGGGGGCUGCCCGGUGAACCAGGACCCCGUGGAUUGCUGGGCCCAAAAGGACCCCAGGGAGCUCCUGGUUCUACUGGUGUGACUGGAAUGGACGGCCAACCCGGACCCAAAGGGGGCAUGGGGCCACAAGGUGAACCUGGUCCCCCAGGACAGCAGGGAAAUCCAGGAGCUCAGGGUCUUCCAGGACCUCAAGGACCCAUUGGAGCUCCUGGAGAUAAGGGUCCCACUGGCAAGUCGGGCCUACCGGGAGUUCCAGGAGCGGACGGCCCUCCAGGUCAUCCAGGAAAGGAAGGACCAAAUGGCGAAAAGGGAAACAUGGGUCCCAAUGGUGCACAAGGUCCGAUUGGCUAUCCCGGACCCAGAGGUGUAAAGGGAGCUGAUGGUGUUCGUGGAUUAAAGGGAACUAAAGGAGAAAAGGGAGAAGAAGGAUUCCCUGGAUUUAAAGGAGAUAUGGGCAUCAAGGGUGACCGAGGGGAGAUAGGAGCUGCUGGACCUAGAGGCGAGGAUGGUCCAGAGGGUCCUAAAGGGCGUUCUGGUCUUCCUGGGGAUGCUGGCCCCAUCGGCCUGUCUGGGGAGAAGGGAAAGCUUGGCAUUCCAGGAUUGCCAGGUUACCAGGGGAGACAAGGUUCAAAGGGCUCUCAAGGAUUUCAAGGAUUUGCAGGAGCCAAUGGAGAAAAGGGAACACGGGGAACAGCUGGAAAGCCAGGCCCCCGUGGCCAGAGGGGGCCAACUGGUCCACGUGGAGAAAGGGGCCCAAGGGGCCCAACUGGAAAACCUGGACCAAAGGGAACCUCAGGAACCGACGGGCCUCCUGGCCCCCCAGGUGAAAGGGGUCUGCCAGGACCUCAAGGUCCAACAGGAUUUCCAGGACCAAAGGGUCCCCCGGGGCCAGCUGGAAAAGAUGGACUGCCAGGACAUCCUGGACAGAGAGGCGAAACAGGUUUCCAAGGCAAGACGGGGCCUCCAGGACCUCCAGGUGUUGUGGGACCACAGGGCCCCACAGGUGAGACUGGGCCAAUGGGGGAGCGAGGACACCCAGGACCACCUGGACCCCCAGGAGAACAAGGCCUUCCAGGAGCUGGUGGAAAAGAGGGAGCCAAGGGUGACCCAGGUCCUGCUGGCCCAGCAGGGAAAGACGGCCCCCCAGGUUUGAGAGGUUUCCCUGGAGAACGAGGCCUACCCGGGCCCACGGGAUCUCCUGGUUUGAAAGGGAACGAGGGCCCCAACGGACCACCGGGACCAGCCGGCUCCCCUGGAGAAAGAGGGCCUGCUGGUGCAGCCGGACCCACUGGCCUUCCAGGACGUCCAGGACCUCAAGGUCCCCCAGGUCCAGCUGGAGAGAAGGGUACCCCGGGUGAGAAGGGUCCUCAAGGACCAGCUGGAAGAGAUGGGAUUCAAGGACCGGUUGGACUUCCAGGUCCUGCAGGCCCCCUGGGGCCUCCUGGAGAGGAUGGCGAUAAGGGUGAGGUUGGUGAGCCAGGACAGAAGGGCAGCAAAGGCGAUAAAGGGGAACACGGUCCUCCUGGUCCCACCGGUCCACAAGGUCCAAUUGGACAACCUGGUCCUGCUGGAGCUGAUGGGGAGCCUGGACCCAGAGGACAGCAGGGACUCUUUGGGCAAAAAGGCGAUGAAGGACCCAGAGGGUUCAACGGACCUCCUGGGCCAAUCGGCCUCCAGGGACGUCCUGGUUCUACUGGUGAAAAGGGUGAAACCGGAGACGUUGGCCAGAUGGGUCCCCCCGGCCCCCCUGGCCCCAGAGGCCCCCAUGGACCCCCCGGCGCAGACGGCUCCCAGGGGCCACCUGGUGGCAUUGGCAACCCCGGCGCCGUGGGAGAAAAGGGUGAAUCUGGUGAAACUGGAGAACCAGGACUUCCAGGAGAUCUCGGUGGACCAGGUCCCAGAGGUGAACGAGGUGAAAAGGGCGAAUCUGGCCCUCCUGGUGCUGCUGGGCCCCCUGGUCCCAAAGGUCCUCCUGGAGAUGACGGUCCCAAGGGCAGCCCGGGUCCAAGUGGUAUUCCUGGGGAUCCAGGUCCCCCCGGGGAGCCCGGCCAGGCUGGUCUGGAUGGUCCACCUGGUGACAAGGGAGAUGAUGGGGAAGCUGGUCAACCUGGAUCUCCUGGGCCCACUGGAGAGCCUGGUCCUUCUGGCCCACCUGGGAAGAGAGGUCCACCGGGUCCUAUUGGACCUGAAGGAAGACAGGGCGAAAGGGGAGCUAAGGGUGAGUCUGGUCUGGAAGGUCCUCCAGGGAAGACGGGCCCAGUCGGGCCUCAAGGAGCACCUGGCAAGCCCGGCUCAGAAGGUCUUAGGGGAAUCCCUGGCCCAGUUGGUGAACAGGGCCUCCCGGGUUCCCCUGGCCCAGAUGGACCCCCUGGACCAAUGGGUCCACCUGGAUUACCUGGCCUGAAGGGUGACACUGGUGUUAAGGGAGAAAAGGGACACCCUGGGCUGAUAGGGCUGAUUGGACCUCCUGGAGAACAGGGAGAAAAGGGUGACAGAGGGCAUCCGGGACCACAAGGAUCAUCUGGUCCCAAAGGCGACAAUGGUAUUGCGGGCCCCGCCGGUCCCAUCGGCCCCCCUGGACCCCCAGGGAUACCAGGUCCUCCUGGUCCGAAAGGUGCUAAGGGCUCGUCUGGUCAAACUGGUCCAAAGGGUGAGACAGGUGUCCCAGGACCCCCAGGCCUUCCAGGUCCCCCUGGUGAUGUCAUCCACCCGCUGCCAAUCCACUCUAGCCCCAAGAGGAGCAGGAGGAACAUUGAUGCCAGCCAGCUCAUGGAUGACCCGGACUCCGAUGCCAAUUACAAGGACUAUGACGAUGGCAUGGAGGAGAUCUUCGGCUCACUGAAUUCUCUAAAGCUGGAGAUCGAGCAGAUGAAACACCCACUGGGCACUCAGAACAACCCUGCCCGAACCUGCAAGGAUUUGCACUUGUGUCACCCUGAUUUCUCUGAUGGUGAAUACUGGAUUGACCCCAAUCAAGGAUGCUCACGGGAUUCCUUUAAGGUGUAUUGUAACUUCACUGCUGGGGGAGAGAGCUGCAUCUACCCAGACAAGAAGUCUGAAGGAACAAGACUCACUUCAUGGCCAAAGGAGAAUCCAGGCACCUGGUUCAGUGAAUUCAAACGCGGUAAACUGCUCUCCUACGUGGACUCCGAGGGCAGCCCCGUUGGCGUGGUCCAGAUGACCUUCCUGCGGCUCCUCAGUGCCUCGGUCCGGCAGAACCUCACGUACAGCUGCUACCAGUCGGUGGCCUGGCAUGACUCAGAGCAGGACAGCUACGACAAGGCUGUCCGCUUCCUGGGCUCCAACGACGAGGAGAUGUCACACGACAACAACCCGUACAUCCGCGCUCUGCUGGACGGCUGUGCGCUGAAGAAGGGCUAUGAGAAAACAGUUCUUGAGAUCGACACGCCCAAGGUAGAGCAGUUGCCGUACGUCGACAUCAUGUUCAAUGAUUUCGGUGAAGCCGCACAGAAAUUUGGAUUUGAAGUGGGACCAGUUUGCUUCCUGGGCUGAGACGGUGUUUCCAGAAACACUGCAGCAAGGUACUGACUUUCUGAACGCAGCAAAAAAAAAAGGAAGAAAAAAACAAGUAAAACCGCAGUUCACACCAUUCUUUCUCCAAAAUGUAAAGAUUCAGAACAAGGGAAAUAAGAUUUAAACGUAAAGAGCAACCUCGUAACCUCAGUGUAGCUUUGUCAUCAUAUGCAGGUUUUGAAAACACGGAUGAGUCACUCCCUUUUCUGUCACCCUGCCCCUCGUCCAUACCCCCCCACACCCCCCGCUUCCCUAAACCAUAAAACUUUCCCAGUUUCCCAGUGCCGAUCCCAGCACACCUCUGAGUAGCUCCAAUUAUAUUCUUCACGUUUCCCUGAAGCACCCUAUCAGAAACCUUACACCUGUGGGAAGGCGGGACUUGCUAUGGCCAGCUCCAAUGGCCAUUGAGCGUGCUUUCUCCUUUCCUUUCUUUAAACCUUGAAGCUUUAUUUUGUGCGUAUUGUUUACCCAUUCCUCCGAAUGGUGCUUAUACAUAUAUAAAUAUAAAUAUAUAUUUUUGUGCGUGUGUUUGUGUGUGUGUGUGCAUUUGUAUAUGUGUAUGUGUGUGUGCAUUUGUAAGUUUUGUAUAUUUUUUCCUUGUUAAUGUUUAAUAAUUAUGGCUUCAAAACAUGCAUGUGACCUUUAUAUGGUAAGGAUGGAGAUAAUUGUUGAACAAAAGACCAACUCGGACAGGGGAGCAUUUGGAAGUGGAAGAAACCAGCACUGACAUCUUGAUGCAGGAGUGAAGCACAUCUUUUUGUAAUUUAAAUUAUAAUAAAGGUUGGAAUUGAACACAGUGCUAUCACCUGAGUGUUGACUUACAAGCAGAAUGGUUACCAUGACAGCCCUCUUUGUCUCCGCUGCUCUGUUGUAAAAUGCCUAUUGCAGACUUUGGUAGAGCUGUGUACUUUUCAGGUUAGGCUUAAGGUAAGGUUAUUUUUUUCCUGUUUGACUCCUUAAACAUACACAACAAUACUGGUAAUGAUAAAUGGGAGAAAAAUCGCAUUAUUACAAUAAACAAUACCAUAGGUGCUAUUUUAUUGCCAUUUCUGGUGCUGUGUAUUUUAUAAUUGUGUACAUACAGGACAACACUGAUGAUGUCUACCAUUAAUCUCCCAGUUAAUAACUUGUGGUUUCCUCAGUAAAAAUAAUUUUUCUGUUUGAGGUUGCUUUUCUGUGCAUACCCUCACGUUGCUGUGCAGAACCAGAAUGAUUCCUGUCUUUUUAUCAUAUAUGAGAACCCCCCAAAAUGAUGAUAAAUCUGUAAUAACGGGGAUAUUUCAUUGUAAUAAUUACAGAUUGAUUGUAGAAUGUGCUUCACAUUGGGGGAAUUACUAGGAUUGGUUAUAUUGGUUGAUGGUCUUUGGGGAUUUCAUUGGGCACGAUGUGUACAAUGAUUUACAGUGACCUGUGUAGCUUUCUUUCCCAGUUUGUAAGAUUCUGUGCUUUGAGGCAAUCAGACUAUGCCAAAAACGUUAACAGUAGGGCAAGCAAUAGGAAACCCGCACUUUGUCUUUCUCUGGCUUUGCAUUCUUUCCAUUUAAGAAACUUGAAUUCAACAGGGACAAUCAAAAGACACAAAAGAUGUUUAAACAAGAAGGUUUCUUUUUACAUUUUAUUUAUUUUUUAGGCUAAAACAGCAUCGUGUUCACAUGACUGGAUUCUCCUGUCAAAUAAAAGCGUGCUCACAGAGAUAGGACUGUACAUGCUGCAUCUCGUAUAUUACAAUACUCCUGCCAUUACCUUUCCCUGCCAUAGUGCCUUUCUAAAUCAAAUAUUCCUCUCUGUAUUGCUUUUUUACUUUCAAGGAUUUACCACACACAAACACACACACGCUUUUCUUGCAGUUUGAAUAACUGUUUUGCUUUUUAAAAUAAUUUGACUUGAACCAUUUUUGAUCAAAUAAAUGCAAACAUAAAUUAAAUAUGAAUUGUUGGUGCAAUGGGUCUCUUUUAGCAUAAAGUUAAUUUUUGUAAUUUUUUUUUGAACCAUCAGAAACACCUGUCUAGCCAAUAAAGGUUUUCUUGUUUUCCUUGAAUGUGUGUUUUUGAAUCCUGUCAAACCUGUGUAAGAAAGGAUAGAUAUAUUGUUUUUCUGUCAAUAAAUUUCAGUUUACUUUAAAUUCCUUCUACUCCUUCAAGGUGUGCAUCUUGUAUGUCUUUUAAAGCAUUAAAUUUUAUAUGCAUGCAUGAAUCCAUAA